AUGAGCUGCAGGUCAGAAGUGGUGGAAAACUAAGGUUGUCAGUGUCUUCUCUAUAGAAAAUUCAAAAUCCAAAGUUUUAAGGUAAAUUCAUGUGAGGAUCUCUGGGCUUGUGGCUGUCGGCAUGGUUUCAAACAGCUGGAUCAUUCAUCUUCAAGACUUGUACAUGAUCUAGUAGUGUGCACAGUAUGGAAUACCCAGUGGAUACACAUGGAGACUUCUCCUCUUUCUCUGGUUUUGUGUGGUAGAGCUUGUGCACAUCUUUUCUUCUCACCGGCAUCUUCUAGCAGGUUGAUCAUGUUUGGAGGGUAACAGCUUUCUCUGGUGACAUUCUCCUUGGAUUGGGGAAAUCAGAUUCAAACAUCUUCUCUGCUUGAUCAUCCUUGCUAGUUAAUGUGUAAUCCCAUGGAAGGUGGUGCUUUCAUGCCAUUGAGCGUGCAUGUUUCCUGGAUUUAUGAGAAGGUUCAGAGUCUAAUAAAGGGACACGGGUUUCUUACAUAGCUUCCAGUCUUUCAGCAGGGUCUCUCAGAAAGGACGAACAUGGGUAAGGGAGUGUACAUCUCCAAGGGCCUGGCUAUAGCCACAGUGGUGCUCACUGUUUCUGCAGUUAGUGGCAUUGUCUUGAUGGUCGUCAUGUACCAGCUUCAGAUAAAAGAAAAUCCACCAAAAGUGCCACCGACACUUAUUCCUACUACACCGAUUCCGACUGGACCUCCCCCGAAUCUGAGACUUCCUGACAAUUUGAUUCCAGAGAGAUACGAAGUCUUCCUUCAGCCUUACUUCUAUACGGUGCUUGAAAACAACACAGUACAGUCUCAUGUUUUCAAAGGGAACUCAACAGUGACGUUCAAGUGUGUGAAGGACACCAGGAGUAUCUUCCUUCAUGCCCUUCAGCUGUCUGUAAGCAAUGUCAAGGUGACUGAUUCUGUCACAAGAAAGAAUAUAGAGGUGGAGAGGUAUGAAGUGCAUAUCAACAAAACCAAUUUCUUCGAGAUCCAGUUGAAGGAGGUUUUGAAUGGAAAUGGGAGCUAUUAUGAACUUUUCACUGAAUUUGAAGGGGAGCUCCUUGACGAUUUGGCUGGUCUUUAUAUGAGCCGCUACACAGAGAACCCAGUUAAUGAGGAUGAUGAUCAAAAACGAUUUCUCAUGGCAAGCCAGAUGCAACCCACAGAUGCAAGGAAAGUAUUUCCUUGCUUCGAUGAGCCAGCUUUGAAGGCAGUGUUCAGUAUCACCAUUAUCCACAGGCCUGAAACCAAAGCCCGAUCAAAUACCCCAGGAGAAGGAAAAUAUACGGAUAUAGAUGGAGAGCAAUGGAUUGUUACAAAGUUCGAGCCAACCCCUAUCAUGUCUACGUAUCUCUUGGCGUUCACAGUCAAUCAAUUCACCGAUAAAGAGGUCAAACUUGAAAACAAAGAAAUAAGGAUAUGGGCCAAACCUGAAGCUAUAAAUGCUGGCCAUGCCAGUUAUUCAUUGCAAAUCACCAAGGACAUUCUGGCUUUCUAUGAGGAGCUUUUUGGUUUGAAAUAUCCGUUAAGAAAACUAGAUCAGAUUGCCAUUCCAGACUUUGGUGCAGGUGCUAUGGAAAACUGGGGUCUAAUUAUGUACCGGGAGACUGCCCUACUGUAUGAGGAAGGUGUAUCAUCCACCUCCAAUAAGGAAUGGAUUGCCACUGUGAUAGCUCAUGAACUGGCUCAUCAGUGGUUUGGAAACCUGGUCACAAUGAAAUGGUGGAAUAACCUGUGGCUGAGUGAAGGAUUUGCAACAUACAUCUCAUACCUCGGAGUGAACAAAGUGGAGCCAACCUGGGACAUAUUGGAUCUUAUUGUUCUGAAAGAGGUCCAGCCUGCCAUGGAGGUCGACUCUCUAAACUCUUCACACCCUCUCAGCUCCACAGAGGCUGAAAUACAGACUACGGCUGAAAUCUCAGAUCUCUUUGACAGUAUCAGCUACAGCAAGGGUGCAGCUGUGCUCAGAAUGCUGUGUGCUCACAUAGGAGAGACCGCGUUUUUCGAAGGCCUUAAGCUUUAUCUUAAAAAUAACCAGUACCAGAGCACCGAUACCACUGACUUGUGGAAAUACAUGAAGGAGGUCUCCACUGAGGAUGUUGAAAGCAUUAUGUAUGGAUGGACAGAGCAAGUGGGCUAUCCAGUUAUCAGCAUAAACACCAGUACUGGAGAGAUCUGGCAGGAACAGUUCCUUUUAAACCAAACAGGCGACUACGGGCUUGAAUGGCAGGUUCCAAUCAGAUUUAUGAAGUCCCCACUUUUUAAGGUAGAGAAAGAAGUACUGAGAGAAAAGGGUCCAGUUGCUAGGCCUGCCUAUGACCUGAAACCCGGAGAAUGGCUUCUGGCCAACAUUAACUGCACUGGCUAUUACCGAGUCAACUACGAUGAGGAGAACUGGUAUAAACUUAUUGAUCAGAUGGAGACCGAUCAUCAUGAUAUCCCACUCAUCAGCAGGGGCCAGCUAAUUGACGAUGCGUUUAACCUUGCUCGGGCCAAAUACGUCAAUGUCACUUUGGCACUGAGCACCACAAAAUAUCUGAUAAAUGAGACUGAAUACAUUCCGUGGGAGUCGGCCCUGAACAACCUGCAGUAUUUUAUCCUCAUGUUUGAUCGCUCUGAGGUCUAUGGCCCCAUGCAGAAAUAUCUUCGGAAGCAAGUUGGGCCACUGUAUGACUACUUUCAGGAAUACACAGACAACGCGACUGUUCCAGAGAAACACUCCGAACAGUUUAACCAGAUAAAUGCCAUCUCAGUGGCAUGCAGCAAUGAUGUUCAGGAGUGCACAGAAAUGGCAACCAAACUCUUCAAAGAUUGGAGAAACGGUACCAAUCGGAUCCCCCCAAACCUGAAGUCCACCAUCUACUGCAGCGCCAUAGCAUCGGGAGAUGAGGACGACUGGGAUUUUGCAUGGAAUCAGUAUGAGAAGGCUAGCAUUGCCACAGAGAAGGACAAAUUAAGAUAUGCACUCUCCUGUACCAAGAAAAUGUGGCUGCUGAACAGAUAUCUUGAAUACACUCUGGAACCCAGCAAGAUACGGAAGAUGGAUGCAGUCUCUACCAUAAACCACAUUGCUAGAAAUGUAGCCGGACAAGCUCUUGCCUGGGAUUUCAUCCGGGCCCACUGGACGGAAAUAACUGAAGAGUAUGGAAGUGGGCUAAUGUCUGUUGGCAGUCUGAUCGAUGAAGUGACGGAGAGGUUCUCCACAGAGUUCGAGCUCCAACAGCUGAAGCAGUUCAGAAGGGAGCAUUAUGGUGACGGGCCCGGGCCGGCCGCUCGAGCCCUGGAGCAGGCGAUCGAGAGAACUGAGGCCAACAUUGAGUGGGUGAAAGAGAACAAACAGACUGUGAUGAACUGGUUUCUACAAGAGUCAAAGGACCACUGAGUGUUCACAGGUCUGUGAAACCCUGUGCACGCGGAGCAGAGGAGAGCCGGCGCAAUGAAAAACAGAUGUAGAGCCAUGGCAUGGUGAUGGAGACAACAUCCUGUGUUUCGCAAUGUUUCUUUUUGUCCCCCCUCAACGACCAAAGACUGUAAAGUUCAUACGGAAAUCCCAUCAUGUUAAAUUCACAGUGGAGAUUAUGUGCCUUUUAAAAUGACUGUUAUAUAAUGGAAAACCCAUUUCCCUAAAAAUCCUAUUCCUAUUUUAUGAAAUGCCUUUUUUUCUAUGGUCAGGAUUUAAAUAAGAUUUUCAAAUUUAAUUUGAAUUUAUUUUUAUUUUUAUCAAGCACAUGUUUAUCUGUACAACUCUGCUUUGUUUACACAGAUGAAGUGCCACUUACUAGGCAUAUUAAGCACUUUUUAAAUGCAGUGUAUAUAACACUUGAAAUAGUGUAUUUUGUAAAAACAGAAAUUGAUGAUUGAUAUAAAAGUAUAUAUUUUGUGUAUAAAAUCUUUGUGCUAGUUUCUGAAGUAAAAUAAACAAAAUUUCUAAAUAUA